AUGUUAUAUAUACCUUUUGGUGAAGAUGAUUAAUUUUAAUAUUUUUUGAGAAUUAAAAUAAUAAUACACUUCAGAAAAAAAAUAUAAAUUAGCAGUAGGAAGACUAUUUAAGCAGUGAAAUCAUAAAGGCAGUCUACCUAUCACUCAAUUUAAAACGACAUAGCAAAAUAGUUUUAAAAAAUAGGAAUUAAGCUAGAUCUAAUCCAUAUCCUCUUUGGAGUUAAGGCUCUUUAAAGAAAUUAGGAAUAAUCAGAAUAAUAGCAUUUAUUUAAUCAUCAUAGAUUUACCAAAAUGAAGUCCAAUACACAAAUAAUAUUAUUUAUAAUUAUUUCAUAGCUUUGCUAUGUUGUAAAUGCAUCCCAACACAAUGACUAAGGUCGAACUUUAGAUAACGAUAAUCAAAUAUCAUCAAAUGAUGCGAUUUUAAAUUGCAGAACUCAUUCUUUUUCAGAUCAUUUGCCUGUUGUUAAGCUUUCAACAAGAGAUUCGUGGAUUUUACUUAUAGGAUCAUCUAUCGCCUUAAUAAUUUAAAUAAGCUUUUUUGCAUUAGCUAUUAAAGUUCCUCGCUUGAGACAGUAACCUGGAGAUAUUUUGUUAGGAUGCUUUUGUGCAGAAUUUAUUCUUUCAAUCCAUUGGUUUAUUAUGAGUCUUGAAGCUAUAUUGUAUCCUAAUAACAUUUUAAACCAAGAUGAUGCUUUUUGUCAGCUUAAUAGUAUUAUUAGUAUAUUUGGUAGUGCUAUGUAAGGCUUAUAUAACUUUUUCUUUUUCCUUUUUAUAGGUCUUUCUAUCAAGAGUAGUUUAAGUAUAUAGUCUAUAUCAAGGAAAAAAACUCAUGGGUUGUUAAUAGGAACAGCUUUAUUGAUUUUAAUAACAAUAUUCUUUUUAGAUUUAAAUGGAAAAACUCUCUAUGGUACAUGCUCAUAUGUUUCAGACUAAUCCUUUCCGAUGUUAUCAUUGAUAUUUUAUCUUCUAUUUUUGUUUUUUUCGAUACUAAUUCUUGCGUAUUUUAAUCAAAAAAUACCAAAUACUUCUUUCUAUAAGAAAAAAAGAAAGGAAUUUCUCCACUUUUCAAGGCUAUAUCUUUCAGUCUGCUUAUUUAUGUGGGGUGUAAUUGCUAUUAGCAAUACAGCCUUAUUUUUUAAUUGCUAGUACGUCCAUUAGUAAUAUCUCACUUACUUUUAAACUAUCGGAAAUACAGCAAAAGUACUUUCCUCAAUUUUACUUCCUAUGAUCAGAAUUAAAGAUCCUUACCUAAGGUCUAUAAUCAGGCAAUAAAAAAAAAUAUUAAAACAAAAAGCAACUUCAAUAGUUCCUAAUGCAAAAACAGAAUAAUAAAAUAUAAGUAACACUGAAAAAAGUUAUAUGAAUGAUAAUACCAGCUCUUAAAAUAAUCAAACUGAUAAUAGUUAAGCGUAUUAUAACAAGCCUAAAUCAUAAAAUUAAUCAUAUGAUGACAAUUCUUUUGUUUCAAGCUUUUCUGUAUCAAAAGAACAAAUAAGCAGCUUAUAGCAAAAAUACAGAGAUUUUAAAAACAAAUAAAAUGUUACAGAUGAUGGGAAAAGUAAUGCUGGUAAUACAAUAAUAGUCGAAUAAAACAAAAAUGAUAAUAAUGAAUCACUAUCAUUAUAAGAAAUUGAAGAAAGAUUGUCAAUUUUUGACAAUGAGAAUUAAGACAAUUAAAAAUAAAAAGUGGAAGAAAAUUAGAAAGUAAGAAAAUCUAAUGCAGCUCAAAUGCUUUCAGUUUAGUCUACUUACUAAACUUAAACUUUUCCGAGAUUCUAGUCUAGCUUCAAUAAAAGCGAAAGUAUUGAUUAAGUUGGUUUUAAGAUACCUACUGGCUAAUAAGUUAAAGAGGAUAUAGAAAAUAUCAAUUUAAAAUAAAGGAACAAAACUAUUUUUUCUAGGCUUGAAAAAAAAGGAAAUUCUAUCAUAAAAGAAGAAAAUAAUUCUUUAGAUUCAAACAGAUCACGUUUUUUAUCAAAUAAAGAAAAUAAGGCUAGCAGAAUCUCUUAGCUAUAAGCUUUCAAAUUUAGUAAUUAAUCUAGAACUAGCUAAUUGAAAAUAUAAGAAAGUAGUGCAAAUUAAAUUUAGUUGCCAAGUGUCAAUUCAAGUAUGACUAUGAAUUCACCUAUUAAUUCAAAUAAUAAUUCUAAAUCAAUAGAUUCUUCAAAUAAUAUUAAAAACAGAAGCAUCAAGAUAAACUCAAGAAAACCUAGUGCUAUGCAAAAAUUUUAAUAAGCAGAUUCCAUACUAUAUUAUUUGGAUGGCUCUAGAUAAAGUUCUAAGAUGUUUCAAAACAGAAGAAAUGAAUUUAGAAAGACUCUGAAUUAAGAAGUUAAUAAAAAAAGAUUUAAUUAUAAGCUUUUUGAGUAUUUAAAAAAUAAUUCAAUUGCAAGUGAAUUGAAUGGUAGCCAAUCGUAUUCUGUAGAUGCUUCUGAUUAGAAUAGAAAUGUAAGUGGUGAAGAAGCAAUACUAAAAUAAAAGUUAUAAUAAAUAAUAAAAAAUGCCUAAAUGAUGGAUUAUUUCAAUGAUCCUUAUUACUAAGUUCAAAAUUAGAGUGAAAGUGGCUCAUUUACUGAUAUAGAUGCAGUUUUUGGAGACGAAUCGCUAUCUUCUGGCUCUUCAGUUCGAUAUGGUAACUCUUAACUAUAAGCAGAAACUUUUGAGGAUGAAAAAGAGCAUUUUAUAAGAAUUUUAUAGAAAAAUAUAAAAAUGGGUGUGCUUUGUAGAAUUCUUAGUGGAAUUUAAAUUCACUUUAUGAGAAAGAAAAGAUACUGUUCUAAAGUUGAUAUAUUCACAGAUAAUUAUAAUUCUAUUUUUGAAUGUUAAGUCAACUCUAUAAAACUCAAUAAAAAUUCAUCUUAAUUAUCAUCAUAGAAGUCAUCAGUGCGCUAUUCUCAAACUGGUUUUUAUGAAUAAUUUAAAACACUUGAAGAUAAUAAAUAAGAAACUGAGCAAAUAAAAGACUUUUAAAAUGAUAAAUAAUAGAAAAGAGUGAAAUUAAACAUAAAUAACCAUUCUCUAAAUGAUUCAUGUCAUAAUCAGAAAAAUACAAUAAUAUAUUCUAAUAAUCUUCAGAAAAUGGAAGAAGAAAAUAAAAACUAAGAUAUAUUUAUGAAAUCUGAAAAUAUUUACAAUAAAUCUAAUAUAAUAUAACUUGAUAAAAAUAGCAGAUAAAAAUCUUACAGCUAAAACUAGUAAAUUAAUCUUAGGCAAGUCUCACUCUCAUUAACAAAUAAUAAUAACAAAAAAAAAUCUUAAAAGUAGCAAGAAAAUGAUAUUUUUUAUGAGGUAAAAAUUUUCUAAUUUUCUGAUGAUUCUAUCAAACAAAACUUGAAUCAUGCACCUACAUAACUUUUAGAUAGUGAUACUUUUGAUCUCGUUAGAAUGAGAGUAUAUGCACCUACAGUUUUUCAUAGUCUGCAACAAUCAGAAAUUAAUUUGAUUUUAAAUUAAGAAGACACUGAUCCAUAUAAAUAAAAACAUAACAUAGACAUAGAAAAUUCAUUUAAUAUCUAGCUCAAUAUGACUUAAAUAAAAAAUGCUAGUGGAUCAGAUGGAGGAAAAAGUGGAUAAUUCUUUUUUUUCUCCCAUGAUAACAAAUUUUUGCUAAAAACAUGCACAGAAUAAGAGCUUAGAAUUCUAAUUGAAAGGCUACCUUCAUAUUUCCGAUAUUUAAAGGCAAAUCCUAGAAGUUUAAUAGCUAAAAUUUUCGGAGUAUACUCAUUUGAAGGUUUAAAUGAAAAACCUAUACACUUAUUAUUGAUGAAAAAUAUAGCAGCAUGUACAAAAUAAUUUAUUGAAAGGACAUAUGAUCUAAAAGGCUCAACUUUCGAUAGAUAGGUUUUACCUAAGACUAAAAAAGAAUCAGAAUCCUUCUCAAGAGCGCUAAAUAGAAUGAUUCUAAAAGACCUAGAUUUUAUCAGCUUGGAAAAAAAAAUAUACAUUUCGUUAGAAAAUAGAUUUUAGGUGUAUAAUUAACUUAAAAGAGAUUCAGAAUUUUUAAAAUCAUGUGGCUGGAUAGACUACAGCUUGAUUGUUUUCAAAAUAAAUAGAAAGAGGCAUACAGAGUGGAAGGAAUCAAACUAAGUAGCCUAUUUAGAAGAAGAGGAAGAUUUUGAUGAUUAAAUUUCUCAUUAUUACUAAUUUGAAUCUACAGAAUAAAGUGGAAUUUAUUAUCACAUAGGAAUUAUAGAUUAUCUAUAGUUGUAUGAUAUCUAAAAAGUAUUAGAAAAGUGGGCAAAAAGAAUUAUUCACUUUAGUCCAAGACUUGAUACAUCAUCAUAAGAUCCUGAAACUUAUAGUAAAAGAUUUAUAAACUUUAUGAAAUAAAUUUUUGAAAUUUGA